AUUUCUAUACCAAAAGCGGUAACCCCGAGCUGCACUCGGGCUUACCAUGCAGCGCUGCAUAGGGAGUCCCUGCAGCACUUACCUUGUCCUUCGCUCCCGCAGUGUGUCCCCUGCAGCGUCCCCGGCCAUCUCCUCCGGCAGAUGCCGGCAUCCGGCUCCUGUGUUCCGGUCCCUGUGACGCCAGGACGUACGGGCGCCGGCGGGAAAUUUGAAAAUUUAAACAAACUGUCAUUUUUUUCAAAACGAUUUUUCAUAUGCUCUGUCCUGUCCCGUCUGCAUUUUUCCUGUUCUUUC